AUGAUAUUGCGUGAUACUAACAUAACGAGUGAGGACGUACGGAUGCUUUUGGGUCAAAUCGAAGAACGUGGGCUCGGUAGUCUUGAGAAUGUUGUUAGGGCAACUUUCAUUGGCGACCCUGAUAUGACUACAUGGCAAUCUUCAGAGAUUAUAUUCAUGGCCAUGAAGAUGCCGAGACGAAUUAGUAUUGAUCUCGAAUCCGCGGAAGACCUUUUCAACGUCGUCGUCAAUCUGCAAGAGAAGUCAGCGAACGACCUAAAGCGAUCUUGUUCAGCUACAUGCUCAAUCACUUUGUCUUCUCACUUUGGUAAGGUUAAAAUCGCCUACAAGGACUUUACAUCAGCUGCCGUCACCGGAUCUGCUACCUCUGGAAGCGCAUUAGAAGACGGAGAAUGA